AUGCAGAUUACACAGGUACUAAGCGCCUCUGUGGUGCUCUUCGCCUACAGCGCCCUGAGCGCCCCGACUGUUGGUCUGAUUGGGAUUCAUGAACGCGAGGCCUCUGACGCCGAUUCCGCGUAUACCAACUUUGCACGCUCCGACGCUGAUGCUGCGUACACCAACUUCGCACGCUCCGACGCUGAUGCUGCGUACACCAACUUCGCACGCUCCGAUGCCGACGUCGCGUACUCCAAUGCUGCCCGCUCUGACGCAGAUGUCGCGUACUCCAAUGCUGCCCGCUCUGACGCAGACGUCGCGUACUCCAACGCCGCCCGUUCCGACGCCGACGUCGCGUACUCCAACGCCGCCCGCUCUGACGCCGACACCGCGUACUCUAACGCCGCCCGAUCUGACGCCGACACCGCAUACUCUAAUGCCGCCCGCUCCGACGCCGAUGCUGCAUACACCAACUUCGCCCGCGAGGCCUCUGACGCCGAUAUCGCGUACUCCAACGCCGCCCAUGCUUAG